UCUAGUCUGGUUUUGCGACCUUGAAAAGCAAACAACCAAACUGGCGGUUAAGCCAAAACACACACGCACACCUCACCAGCUUUGCCUCUGUUCUCUCUGAACCUUAAAUACUAUAUGAACAGCACAACAUGAUCUUCAAUCUCAGACCAGCAAACGACGACAAAAUAAGUACAAAACGGCGUUAUAAUAUUUCUCAUUAGAAAUCUUUUGAAGCAUAUAGGAAAUGAAAAUGCUACAGCAUAUAGGAGAAGAAAUGGCGCCCUCAGGUGGCCAGGCAGUGAUGGUGGGAGUCAAGCUUGACUCACAAAGUAGAGAACUGUUGACUUGGGCUAUGGUCAAAGUGGCCCAACCCGGUGAUACUGUUAUUGCUCUCCAUGUUCUCGGUAAUAAUGAAAUUGUAGAUCGAGAAGGCAAGUCUUCUUUUUUGUCUCUUGUCAAAGCUUUUGACUCUGUUCUUGCCGUAUAUGAAGGUUUCUGCAACUUGAAACAGGUGGAUCUCAAGCUCAAAAUAUGCAGAGGUUCAUCCAUUAGAAAAAUUUUAGUUAGAGAAGCAAAUUCUUAUUCAGCAAAAAAAAUUAUUGUUGGGGCAGCCAAAAGCCACCAUACAAUCCGGUCGCCGACAUCUGUAGCUAAGUACUGUGCCAGAAAGCUAUCAAAAGAUUGUUCGGUUGUUGCUGUAGACAAUGGGAAAAUUGUGUUUCAAAGAGCAGGCUCUCUUGCCAAAAUUGGAGAUUCAAAUGGAACUGAUGAUAAUCAUCACCGGAACAGUAUUUUUAAUGUAAUUCAUAGGUCAAUUUCAUCGAGUAAAAGUUCUAAAGUACUAAAUGAAAGUAUUACUAAUGGGGCCUUAAACUUCGAGGAGGGCAAUGACCCAUUUUUGCAGCAGGCCUUGGCUAAAGCUCGGCCAAAUAGUUUGGGGAGUAUAAUGAAGAAAAAUUGCUCAGUUUGUGGAGCAAUUGAUAAUUCUACUGAUAAUUCAUGUAACCAAACUGCAAAAAAGUCUUCUAGUGAUGAUUGUAAGUCUUUGGCUUUAGUGCCAGUAUCAAAAUUAAAGGAACCUUCUAGUUCAGUUUCCUCAUUAAUUACACAAGUGCCUGAAUUGAAACCUGGUUGGCCAUUACUUCGCCGGCCAAUCUUGCCCAACCAAGCGGGGGCAUCGGAGAGAUCCUCGGUAAGGCAGAUCUCAGUGGUUCAGUGGGCAAUGAGGUUGCCUAGUAGGCAAUUUUCUUCGUCUAUUCCCAAUUUGGAUCACAGACAGAAUGGUUCUGACAAGAAUGAAGAUCAAUGCAGUUUAGAUGGAGAAAGUGGUGCAAUUGUUCCUGUUGAUGCUGAGAGUAUGACAAUUCCACCUUCUCCUGAUCAAAAUUCAAAAGUAUUGCCAAAGGAAUUGGAGGGUUUUCAUGAGAAAUACUCAGCAACUUGUAGAUUGUUCAAGUACCAGGAACUUCUGUCAGCCACAUCUAAUUUCUUGGCUGAAAAUUUGGUUGGGAAAGGAGGCAGCAGCCAAGUCUAUAAAGGUUGCCUUCCUGAUGGGAAAGAACUUGCUGUCAAAAUCUUGAAACAAUCUGAAGAUGUAUUGAAGGAGUUUGUUUUAGAAAUUGAGAUCAUUACUACUUUAAAUCACAAGAAUAUUAUUUCUCUUUUGGGGUUCUGUUUCGAAGACAACAACCUUCUCUUGGUUUAUGAUUUCCUAUCAAGAGGAAGCCUUGAAGAGAACCUCCAUGGUAACAGAAAGGACCCUCUUGCAUUUGGUUGGAGUGAGAGAUACAGGGUUGCUGUAGGAGUAGCAGAGGCCUUGGAUUAUCUUCAUAAUGGUACUGCUCAACCUGUGAUCCACAGGGAUGUUAAAUCAUCAAACAUAUUAUUGUCUGAUGAUUUCGAGCCACAGCUUUCUGAUUUUGGACUUGCUAAAUGGGCAUCAACUUCAUCAUCUCAUAUAAUCAGUACUGAUGUUGUUGGAACCUUUGGUUACUUGGCUCCUGAAUACUUUAUGUAUGGAAAAGUAAACAACAAGAUCGAUGUUUAUGCAUUUGGUGUUGUACUCCUUGAGCUUCUUUCUGGGAGAAAACCCAUAAGCAAUAAUCACCCAAAAGGCCAAGAAAGUUUAGUUCUGUGGGCAAAGCCAAUUCUAAAUGAUGAAAAGUUUUCCCAAUUACUAGACCCAAGCUUGGGUGAUGACUAUGAUCAUGAUCAGAUGGAAAGGAUGGUGUUAGCUGCCACUCUCUGUGUAAAACGCUCUCCACGUGCUAGGCCUCAAAUAAGCCUUGUGUUGAAGCUCCUUCAAGGUGAUACUGAAGUGAUGAAAUGGGCAAGGCUACAAGUGAACACUGCAGAAGAACCUGAGAUGCUGGAUGAUGAUGUGUGUCCACGUUCGAAUCUACGGUCACAUCUUAACCUUGCAUUGCUUGAUGUGGAGGAUGAUUCACUCUCCUUGAGCAGCAAUGAGCAAACAGUUUCAUUAGAGGACUAUUUGCAAGGCAGGUGCAGCCGAUCAUCAAGCUUCGACUAACCAACCACACAUUUCUGGAUAGAGAAAAUGUUAGCAAUACAUAUCAAUCACUCUCUUGUGAUUCCUUUUUGUAUAUUCUUUUGUGUUUUUUUUUCCUAUCAAACUCUGUGUCUUCUUUUGUUUCCCUUGCAUAUUGGGUUUACAGAUAGGUGUUGGAUGAGAGGUCGUUUGUGGUGUGCCCUCCUCCUUCCCUUAGCAGUCAUUAUCAAAAUUCUCCAACUUCUUGGAAUAGUUUCUUUUCUUUAUUUCUUUUUCUUGAUAUAUAUAUAUAUAUAACCAAAGUGUCGGUGGUGAAAUGAAUCAAGAGUUGAAGUGAUCAAUCUGUUGUAAUAGUUAAACAUAAUCUUUCUUGUAUUUGGAGCAUUCUCUGAUUAAGAGAGUGGUGAGCCCAAGUAAUCAUUACUCCAGAGUUGCCUUCAAAAGGCUAAUAA